GCACGUCGACGAGCUCGCCUAAUGGGACUGGAGAUGCGGCAGCAUUGGCUAGCGACGGAGUAGCACGUGAACGAGUGUCUUCAAGCCGUGGGAGCGACGAAACAAAGUCGUGGCAAAUCGCUUGUGGGGAGGUCUCGGCAAGAUCUACAAACGUGGUCACAGCAGUGGAAAUGUGAGGGUAUGUUGUUUCAUGCACGCAAGCGAAUCCGCACGAGAGAUGCGGCGCAGAAAGCACGCUCGAGCGGGCUGACCGAUGCGAACUCUCACAUUGGGCAUGAGCGUGGCAGCCCUCAUCUAUGCUGUUCUGUCAAACCUCCUGGUCUGCACUAUCGAUGGGCCAAUGUCAAUCGCACUAAAGUCUUUCAAGACGCCUCCGUAUCGGGAUUCCCUCUCACGUCCGGCACUUUCGCCAAGGUUCUAGAAAGCAGCCUUGCACAGCGUCACGGAAGCUGCUUUAACCCUCCUAGAGCAGCACCGAGGGUCGGACUGUCUAGCACCAGCACAUCGUGUUGUGUAAUGCUCAUCCAGAUCGCAGGUUGCCCGGGGCAAGAGUAACAUGAUGGACCAG